AUGGAAUGGGAGAGUAUGGGAUGGGAUUGGGACAGGAUGGGGAUGGGGCAGGGACAGUAUAGGAUGAGGGCAGUAUGGGAUGGGGACAGGAUGGGAUGGGUGGGCAGUAUAGGAUGGGGACAGUAUAGGAUGAGGGCAGUAUGGGAUGGGGACAGGAUGGGAUGGGUGGGCAGUAUAGGAUGGGGACAGGAUGGGAUGGGGGCAGUAUGGGAUGGGGACAAGAUGGAAUGGAACCGGAUGGGAUUGGAUGGGAACAGGAUGGGAUGGGGGGCAGUUGGGGUUGGGGGCAGUAUGGGAUUGGGACAGGAUGGGAUGAGGGGCAGUUGGGGUGGGAGGCAGUAUGGGAUUGGGACAGGAUGGGAUGAGGGGCAGUUGGGGUGGGAGGCAGUAUGGGAUUGGGACAUGAUGGGAUGCGGGGCAGUUGGGGUGGGAGGCAGUAUGGGAUGGAAUUGGGACAGGAUGGAAUGGGACAGGAUUGGGACAUGA